AUGCCUGACUUAAAUCCUGCUCCGCGAGGUGGCAGGAAUAGGAGUGCAUGCGAUCUAUGUCGGCAUAGAAAGCAUCUCGAAUACUCCUGGCCCGGAGGCGACCGGUCAUCCCACAGGGCCAGCUUCUGCUCCGCAAUCUUUCACUACACUGGUUCUCACUUUGAUCUUGACGACUUCUUCCAUCAAGUCGCGGAAUCAUACCGAUCGCGAUAUGGCAUAGAAGAAAAAAAGCAAGCGAUCUCCCAGUGGCCUGACAAGCGUUUGGUCAAGAAUUGUAUUGAGUAUUAUGAUCGCAAAGGACUUUACUCUGUGUUCCCCAUAGUCGAUAUCCGUGUGAUCCGUGAACUCCUGGACGCGGGUGUGCUAGACGACCCAUCCAAAGCCAGUCCGGUAGCCAACAAAGCAUGCCUAGUGGCAUUUACGGCGCUCAUCGCUCAGCUACAUCGCCAUAGCCCAAUGUUCGCGCACGCUAAGCCAGAUACCUACGUACGCGCGGUAUUAUCGCUGUUACCGGACUUAUUCAUGGAGGAGGCAGACGUGAGAACGUUGGAAACGUUCAUCAUCUUGACAAUAUACAUCCCGCCGACCGGGCAAAGUUACCCGGCCGAAAUGAUGCUUGCCGCAGCUGUACGUAUCCUGUAUAAGCUUGGUGGCCACCGACAACGCGAUCCCAACCAGGAUGGCGGGAACCACAACCAUUACCAUAUACGCUCUCUGUUCUGGUUGAGUUAUUGGAUGGACAAAGAAAUGUCAUUACGCGCGUGCCGUGAACCGAUGAUAAACGACGCAAGCUGCGACUUGGAACUGCCGUCCACCUAUGUAUCCCAAUCUUCCACAUAUCAAUUCCUACAGGCACCUCUGUCGUCCGACAUACUGUUAUAUCCUUCCGACCUCCGCCUUGCCCUGAUUAAGUCGAAAAUAUAUCGUCUGCUUCACUCAGACUCAAGCCGUACACAGCCCGAAUCUACUAAAAUGCAACGAAUCCUUGAAUUAGAUCAAGAGCUGAGUGCUUUAGAGUCAAGCUUUCCUGCACAUUGCCAGCCCCAUGUUUUCGCAACCCCAGACUGCCCUUUGUACGCGUUCCAUGAUCUUAGCAUGCGUGGUGUGACCCUGCACUUGGAUUACUACUAUUGCGUGAAAAGGAUCCACGAGGCAAGUGCCGCCUGCAGCACACAGUACUCCUUCUCGUCGGGAAUGGAGCUCUCAUACCAGACAUCUCGAUGCAUAGCUGGUACAUGCGCCAAGAAACACCGGCAUCUGUAUCUGGACCCGCUUGCACGCUCCGAACCAAUAACUGCAUUUCUGCUGAAUAAGCGGGCCGUUUUUGCGCCGAGACGUGAGGUGCCAAGCCCUGAUAACCCAGCGUGCGUCGACGCAGUAUAG